GACAAAACAGAUUCUGUUAUCAUCUGACUCAGAGGCAGUAGUAUCCCAUCCUCAGGAGCCUCAUGAUCUGGAUGACUCGUCAGCUGCUGGUCAGUUUUCCCUGGUGUACUGGCCACAUCAGUGUGAAGUCAUCAGGGACAGAAUUGAGCACAUUGACUGGAUACCCACUAUGCCUGAGCCAUUGUACACUCCAACAGGUUUGGAGAUGAUGCCGCCAUACCAAACUCCUGACAAAGGCACUGUGAUUUAUCUAGGAGAAGAAGCUAACAAAAACUCCCGCUUUACGUAUUCCCAACUGAGAGGUCUCUCCCCCCUGAACCAAAUCCUCUGUCAGAAAGAGGACAACUCACUGAUCUUCGAAGCACGGUUUGAAAGUGGGAAUUUGCAGAAGGUGGUCAAAGUCAAUGAAUUUGAGUACCAGCUGACCCUGCGCACUGACCUCUACACAAGCAGACACACGCAGUGGUACUAUUUCCAAGUCAGCAACACGCAGGCAGGGAUGCCGUAUCGCUUCACUAUUGUCAACUUUACCAAGCGUAACAGCUUAUAUAAACGUGGCUUGCGGCCACUGUUGUACUCAGAAGCUGAUGCUAAGAAACACAAGGUUGGCUGGCGAAGGACUGGAAAUGAAAUUAAGUAUUACAAAAACAAUGCGGGCCAAGAUGGACGUCAAUAUUUCUCACUCACUUGGACGUUCCAGUUCCCUCAUGACCGAGACACCUGCUACUUUGCCCACUGCUAUCCUUACACCUACUCCACCCUGCAGGAAUACCUGAUGGCCAUCUCUAGAGAUCCAGUGAAGUCCAGAUGCUGCAAGAUUCACAUCUUAUGCUAUUCACUGGCAGGAAACAUAGUGUAUGUUUUAAGUAUCACCAACCCCUCUCAAAGUGGCAAGGGCACCAAGAGGAAGGCUGUGAUAGUAACCGCGAGGGUGCAUCCAGGAGAAACUAACAGUUCCUGGAUAAUGAAGGGCUUUCUGGAUUACAUUCUUGGCGACUCAGACAAAGCUCAAUUCCUGCGGGACAAUUUUGUCUUCAUAGUGGUGCCCAUGUUGAAUCCAGAUGGUGUGAUUGUGGGAAAUCACCGCUGCUCUUUAACAGGUCAGGACUUGAACCGCAAAUACAGGUCUAAUGGGAAGAAAUUUUAUCCUUCCAUCUGGUAUACCCGAAACAUGAUCAAAAGAGUGAUGGGGGAACGUGAUGUUUUUCUGUAUUGUGACAUCCAUGGUCACAACAGGAAACAAAAUGUCUUCAUGUAUGGUUGUGAGAGAAAGAAGCAAUCAAAAGCACCAGAUGUGCAUCCACGUGUCUUCCCAUUCUUGCUGAGCAAGAGCUGCCCAGAUAAGUUCUCAUUCCCAGACUGCCAUUUCAGAGUACGAAAGAGCAAACAAGGCACAGGUCGAGUGGUGAUGUGGAAGAUGGGUGUCAACAACAGCUACACUUUGGAGGCCUCUGUCUGUGGCUCUAAGUUGGGCUGGAGACAAAGCACCCAUUUUGACAUUAAAGAUUUGGAGUCAAUAGGACAGCAUUUCUGUGAUGCUCUCUUGAACUACUGCUUUCAUACUGAGGAGGCUCAAGGCAUUGAAACUCAACGUAAGAUAUUUCAGGUACUUGACCCAGUGAAAAAAG